AAGGUGUGUUUUCUGACCUACUAAGCACACCUGGCGGCUCACAUCAAAGUGCACCUGUUGUUAAUACCUUGAUCCAUUGUCCAGUACUUUAAACACUCGCCAUGCUGCUGCUCCUUGUUAUAUCUGCUGCCUGUGUCGCUGUCGGUACAGCAGAUGUCACUUGCCCCUUUCUGCCAUGUCCUUUCGUGGGGUUCUGCAAGAAGACCAUUCCCACCUACUACGACCAUGACGGCGUGAGAUGUCGCGGCUGUGACCAGUGCUCCAUGGACCCAGAAGAUGCCCCCGUCACUCAGCUGCCCACAAUACACGCGAUCCAGUUCCACAUGUGCCCGAUGUAUAUGUGCAUGAACCCCGGACAAUGCAGCGUCCCCUACACCUACAGCCACUUCAUGGUCAACGGCCUCAACUGCACAGGAUGUCCCUCGUGCCCGACCGGAGGGCACCCUGAUGGAUCGAUAAUUCUGAAGAAAAAACAGCUGCAGCCAACAGGGGGUCUGGUCCAUAUCAACAUGUGCCCAAUGGUGAUGUGUAUGCAGCCCGCGUCAUGUGACGUGCCUUACAAGACGUCCACCAUGCAUGUCGCCGGCCGCGACUGUCCCGGGUGUCCCUAUUGCCCGACCACCACCACCACCACCACCGCCGCUUGACCUGUUAAUUACAGUUAAUAUACAUCACCCUGACUCCUG